CAUGCAGGUGACGGUCUGAGACCGGUUUUAUAUAUCUUCAUGGCAUUGUCAGACCACAAUCUGCGUUUGGCAUUCAAGUCAAUAUAGAGGCAAACCGAGCUACCCCUUAGAUUUGAAUACUUCGCUCUUUGCUUCCACUCUACUGUUCUCGAUAAAAAUUUGCGAUGUUCAACAACAAUACAUAUAUUACCACUGGGAACCAAGAAUAUCCCUACAGGCCAUCUUUGCCUAGCAACCUGAACUUUGACCUCAAUUUUGCCUCCGAGUUUCAAGCACCACCCGAUUGGCUCCAGCCGCCACCGGCAUGGACUCCGAACAGAACGCCAUUCACAGAUGCAGACUCACUCUCCGGCUCAGGCGGCGCGGGAGUCUCUUACGACUCUAAUUGGAACCCCUUUGACUGCUCUUUCUCUUCAAUCAACAGCACCGUCAAUAAUGGAGCCUUUGUCUCUCGAAAUCCCUUCACCCCAAGAAUUUCAAACCCUACACAUUUACAGACUGGCUACACUAUUCCCAAGGAUAGCUCGUACGUGAGCUUAAGCUCCAUCAGUCCCAGCACAGACAUCGAGUCCCCACAUUUUGACUACGACUUUGGCCGUCAAGAUUCAACUCGAAAUUCCGUCACUAGACAAACGGCCCACCAAUCACGGACUUCGUUCACUUCGCCCCUUCCAUCACCAGGACUGGCCCCUCAACCCCAACUCCAACCCAGAACUAGACAGCCAGCCUGGGGCCACCCCCGUAGCCGCGGCACCUCAAGCAGCACAUCCUCCCAUUCGCACUCUCACUCCCGGCGAAAAUCCGUCGACCACAAGCCUCGUCUCCGCUCCACCUCCUCCUUGUCGGGUACCUCCACCAUUCACCCCAAGCCCGAAAACGCCACAAAAUCAAACCACAACCAGAUCGAGAAGCAGUACCGGAACCGCCUGAACUCGCAGUUUGAGGUUCUGCUUUCAGCGCUGCCAAAAGAGGAGAACGGGGACAGGGACGUGGAGGAUAGGAAGGUGAGUAAGAGCGAGGUGUUGGAUUUGGCGCAGAAGCAUAUUCGGAGAUUAGAGAGGGAGGGGGAGGAGCUUGAGGAGGAGAAUGAGAGAUUGAGGGAAGAUGUGGAGGAGUACAAUAGGGCUUGGGUUGAGGGUGGUGGGGUUGUGAUGCCUUGAUCGUUUGAGUUGUGUAAGAUUCCAGAGAGGGUUAGUGCAUGGAUAGACUGGCUAUUUUUGUAGGUAUGAAAAGGACGAAAGCGUGGCGUUAUAGAGGUUUUGGACAGUGGAGAUUGGACUGGAAAGCUGGGAGUAAGAUGGAUCCCGGGCCGUUUUUUGCUCGGUUCUACUAGGUAUCAUUUCAUUACAUGUAUAAUAACCUGGGGUGAAUACUUGCCCUGUGAAUUUACAGAAUUCUUUGGUCAUUAAUCACGUGAAGUGAACGUCAUGACACAUUCUCAGAGUAGCAUUCAAUUAUACAAAAUUCAUGGGUUAGACCUCACCCAAUG